UAUCGCCGCAAGACCACCAGAGGGCUCGCCCCUGCCGCGACCCCUAGCAACACGAGAGAGCAGACGAGAAGCUCAGGGAGCGCGCACACAGUAGCGGCGCGCUUGAGUCCGGGUGGAAACGAGGCACAGGAGCAGCCAGUGUUUUGUCCUGGGUGCGCGCUGACUCGGGAUUUCUCGACAGAGAAAAAAGUUCAUCUGAAAAAGCUGUUCUGCCCGGAGCAGCGCUCGGUUGGGAGAGGAACGAGCCGCCUUUCGACCCGAGCCCUCUGAUGAUGUCUCCUCACAGCCAUUAACAUCAGAGACACACACACACACACACACACACACACACAGUACAACGUCUCCCUCACACACACACACAGACACACUGCAGUCAUGAGUGAGGAGGUGAUGGGGGAUGUGUAUGUGGAGGUGGAGUACGACUACUCGUACGAAUGUAAGGAACGCACCAUCAGCAUCCGCCAGGGCGAGCGUUAUCUGCUGGUGCGGCGCACCAACGACGACUGGUGGCAGGUGCGGGCGCAGGCGGGCACCCGAGCCUUCUACGUGCCCGCCCAGUACGUGCGUCCCGUCAAGCGGGCACUGCUGCCACCGCCCUGCAAGCCCUCCGUGCUACCGCUCACACACUCCCACCAGAACACACACACGUCGGCCACGCACACGCACACACACGGGCAGGAGAACGCGGCGAGUGCCGGCCGCGGGAAGUGGCACGUGCCCGUGGCGGAGAACUCCACGCGGCCGUCGCCGACUAAUACGCCCUCGCCGUCGCCCGGGCAACUGACCCCACCGGCCGUCUCGGCCGGGCCGGACGCCAAUCGCAACCAGGCGGAGUGCGUGGGAGGAACGAGCCGCAGCAACAACAACAACCACGUCAAUCACCGUGGCAACACCACGCUGCCCAGGGGAGGUGAGUCGCGUAACGACUCUGAGUCGGGGGACGACCUCAGCAGCUCCUCUACGGAGCAUAUGCAGGCGGUGUCUCCGUCGGUGCGCUGUGAGUCUCCCGUCUACACCAACCUGCGUGAGCUGCAGGCGUCCCAGGUGUGUUUGGCCCCGCCCCCGCGCGGCUCCUCCCCCCUGCACACACACGGCGUGUGGGAGACGCACCGGCACGCCAGCGGACGCUUCUACUACUACAACACACACACACACGCCACCACCUGGAAACCGCCGCGCUCACGGGACGGCAGCAGCCGCACCGAGCCCCCCAGCAGCGCCGACAUGGAGUCGGAGGAGAACAGUCUCAGCACCUAUUCCAGUCAGUCGGACAGCCAGUAUGGAUCGCCCCCUAGAGGCUGGUCUGAGGAACUGGACGAGCAUGGCCACACGCUCUACGUGUGCGAGUACACCCAUGAAAAGUGGAUGAAGCAUGUGGAUGAUCAGGGACGGCCGUACUACUACAGUGCAGAUGGCUCUCGCUCGGAGUGGGAGCUGCCUAAAUACUCACUCUCUCCUCCAGCCCCCUGUGAGGUGCAGAAGUCCCACAGUCUGGAUCGGAAGCAAUCGGAGCCCAUCGUCCUCACCAAGUGGAGGCACAGCACCUACCUCCUGGAGCUCACUGAUAAGCUGUCAAUCCAAAAGAGGAGGUUCAGCACAAACACUCUCGGCCUAUCACUGUGCAACCAGCAAGAGAGUGGCAACGCUCCCAAACAGAAUUCUCCAGACUCGGACUCCUGUCCAUCCUCCCCAAAGCACGCAUCCUCACCCUCAGAGAAGUGUGGGGUUCUCAACGUCACCAAAAUCACGGAGAAUGGCAAGAAAGUCCGGAAGAACUGGGCCUCCACAUGGACUGUGCUGCAAGGCUCUUCUCUGCUCUUUGCAAAAGGACAAACUGGAACUAGCUGGUCUCUCUAUUCCACCAGCUCUUUCCCUGAGCUGAUCCUUUCGCUGAUAAGCAACUGGACGCGUUCAAUCAAGCCCCGCCCCGCUGUCUCCUAUGUCCAAUCAGGGCGCGUCAAAGCUGCCUCUAAGUUUGGUGGUGGCCAGUCGAAGCCGGAGUUCAGUGUGGACCUGAGAGGAGGCUCAGUGGACUGGGCCUCUAAAGACAAGUCCAGCAAGAAGCACGUCAUCGAGCUGAAGACUCGUCAGGGCACCGAGCUGCUGAUCCAGUCUGAGAUCGACAGCGUCAUCAAUGACUGGUUCAGGGCGCUGUGUGAGACGGUCAACACACAUGCCUGGGAGUCCGAUGAGGCCAUUGAGGAGGACAUGCCUGAGUCCCCCACUGAGAAGCAUGACAAGGAGAAGGAUCACCGAGACUCCAAGAAGAACAGAGGUUCUAAGGGUUCUGUGAAUGUGGACGCGGAACAGAAGAAGACCCGUGUGAAGCUGAAGAAGUUCCUCACGCGCAGACCAACGCUCCAGGCCGUCAGAGACAAGGGAUACAUCAAAGACCAAGUGUUUGGCUGCAGUCUGAGCAGCCUGUGCCAGAGGGAGAACUCCACAGUGCCCAGUUUUGUGAGGAUGUGCAUCGAUCACGUGGAGAAAACAGGGUUGAGUAUUGAUGGCUUGUACAGAGUGAGUGGGAACUUGGCAGUCAUUCAGAAGCUUCGCUUUGCCAUCAAUCAUGAUGAGACGGUGGGGCUGGACGACAGCAAGUGGGAGGACAUCCAUGUGACCACAGGAGCUCUCAAGAUGUUUUUCCGUGAGCUUCCGGAACCCCUCUUCACCUACGCAUCCUUCAACGACUUUGUCAAUGCCAUCAAGUGUCCAGACUACCAGCAGAGGGUGGGCUCUGUCCGAGAUCUCAUCGGGCAGCUGCCACGCCCCAAUCAGGACACCAUGCAGACUCUCUUUAAACACCUCAGACGAGUGAUUGAUCACGGCGAUGAGAACCGGAUGACGUCGCAGAGCGUUGCCAUAGUGUUCGGCCCCACCCUGCUGCGGCCCGAGGCGGAGUCCGGCAACAUGGCGGUCCACAUGGUCUACCAGAACCAGAUCGUGGAGCUGGUCCUUCUAGAGCAAGAGUCCAUUUUCGGCAGGUAGACCGGACGGCCAUCAACGCAGCCCCCCCCCCCCCCCCAAAGACCUGGACCAUCACCCCCCCCCCCCCAUCUCCAUCUCGCACAAUCCAGACCGAAGGAGGGGGAGAGACGCCAGCCUUCAGCUUCCUGCUUCCUGCUUUCUACUUCCUGUUUGGAGCUUCUCAGCCAAUCCACACCAUGCGCAGCCUGUGGAAACAGAGGAAGACUGUUGCUAUUAACGAGCAUUAAUUAGCAUUAAUGACUGCAUCUAAUGAGGCGCAGCGAUUAUGCCUCUUCGCCUGCACUUAAACGUGUGGACCCGAUGAAUGGGCUGAUUUCAUGCUGUGUGUGCUUGAGCGUGUGUGUGUGUGUGUGUUUGGUGAGGGAUAGAUCUGAAGGAGUGUGUGUGAAAGACUGUGUGUGUGUGUGUGUGUGUGUAUUUGUGUGUGUAUUUGUGUGCUCACUUUGGAUCCAGGGCACACACAGCCAACACUGGACUCCUAUGGCCAGUACUGGUGAUACAGUAUCUAUAAGUGGGACUUUCACAAAGCAGUGAAUCAUGGGACAUGUAGUUUUUUUUUUCCUCUUCCUUGUGGAACUGGAAGGUGUGGUGAGCCCCAGUUGACUACAGGGCGGCUUCGGGACAGAGGCACUCACUAGUCACCAAAGGCUCACGCAUAAGCAGUGUUAUAGGUGGACCUCAGCACCAGAUCUGUACAGGGUUACACUGAUUGUGUGUGUGUGUGUGUGUGUGUGUGUGUGUGUGUGUGUGUGUGUCUGUGUGUUUUUUCUCUUGUUACUGCACUCUUCCUUGCCUAAGAACUGCACCCCAUUCAUGUUCAUGUUGGGUAAUAAAUGAAGUAUUUUGUGUGUGUGUGAGAGAAAGAGAGAGAGUGUGUGUGUGUGUGUGUGUGUGUGUGUGUGUGUAAGUGUGUGUGUAUAUGUAUAAAGCACAGAGGUGUGUGGAACGCAACGGUUUGCUAAUAAAUGAAUAAAUGAAAUGAUUAAUGAGUAAAUAUAAGCUCUGUCAGGGACGUCAGUAUUUUGUCCAGAAGUCUACGUUUGUGGUUUGAUGUGGUGCAGAGUCUACAGUGACCUCGUCCCUGUGUGUGUGUGUGUGUGUGUGUGUGUGUGUGUGUGCGCCCACUCUGACCCCCAGCACACACCCCUUCAUGCUUUUUUCACCUCAUCCAUCUUUCUUUUUUU